AAGCAAAGUGUAUAACUUAUGCUUGUCCUGAUUAUAAAAUAAAAAAAAUACUUUGACUGAUUUUGACGAUUCGUGGAAGGGUGGUUUGGAUAAUAGAUUGAACAAGUUAGUUAGUUUAAGGUGAUUUAACCGCUAUUAAUAAUAUUAAAAUCAUAACCACGCAUUCGUUUAUUUUUGCUCGUGAUUGGUUACUCGUACCUAAAGCUAAAUCCCCGUCCAGGCCAUGAAACAUUCACCGGAAAUAUAUGAUUAUGAAAUUGUUGUUCACAAAUCUUUAUGCUUAUGACAGAAAAUCAGAAAUUUUGUCAACGACUUAUUUUUCUAUGGUCUAGAUCUGGAAGAUACUUAAGAAAAAAAAAUCGAUUAUUAGUUAUCACAUUAUCCGUGGUUAGUGGACACCCAUCUUGACUUCAUUUAUUUCCAGUCAACGCAGGGUGAUACAGGUGUAGUAACUAUAGUACCUAGGGCUGGAACAAGCUGAAGUCAAUCAUGGAGAUCUGCGGUAUAAUUGAUAUAAAAGUACCGGCCAAAGGUAGAAAAUUCGGUUCAUGGAAAGCGUGGAAAAGCCAAUGGUGUGAGGUUCUCAAAAACGAAAAUCGUAUGGUCAUCAACAUUGGACAUAGUAAGGGAAAUGUCACAUCGUGUUUAGCAGUACCUAACAACGCAAUCAUCUACCGAAUUAAAUCCAGGACUAAAGCCUACGGUUUCGGAAUAUUUUAUGCAGGACAAAAGGAACAACAACCAUGCAUUUUUCUCGCUGGAAAAUCAGAAACAGAGUCUCAAAAAUGGAUGAAAUCUAUAAGAGAUGUUCUAAAACCACCAACACAUAAAAAGACAACAAACGAGUAUACUGUAUCGAUAAUUGACAAUGAACAUUCUAAAACGGCAGGUUUAACCGGAUUGUAUGGUACUCUAUCAGUAAAGUCAGAAGAAAUAUUGGUGACGGACCCUCACACUGGAAAAAUCAAAGUAACACUCCAUUGGACACAAAUACAAUGUAGUUACUUACCUCUGCCGGCAGUAUCAGAUGAUUUACAUAGAGUAUGCACAAUACGCACAAACAGCAAGUUUAAAGCGGGCGAUGGUGACUUGGAACUGUACUGCACCGAAGCCGACGAGUUGCACAACGAGCUCCUGUCGUGUCCGCGACCGUUGCCCAGGAUCGCCACCACGCCGUUGCCGCCGACGCCCAGGGACUGCAGACAGACGCGCUACGACCAUUGGUCCGCUGUCGAUUCGCCUUCGACGACGCCGCCUCGGCGUUUGUUAGAGUCCAGACGAAUGAGCAGGAGCGAAGGAGAUCUAAAAAAGUUCGUCAUGCAACAAUCCGCACCCACGCUGCGGUCGGCCGGCUCCCAACAACACCUCGUGCUCAUGCCCCAGUCUAACGGUUUGAGACAAAAGAGUUCUUCGCACUACCUGUUGACUAGUGUGGGAUUGCUGUUGGCCACACCGGGAUACAGUGAACCCAACUCGAUGCAAGACUUACGGCUGAUCGACCAACACCUGCUCAGUACACGUUUACAAGGAAUAGUGGACGAAGAAAGCGCGGGCGCUGAAGGGAAGAGCGAGGAAGAUGAGGAUUACGAAGACAUGUUGCAUAUGGAUAUCGAACAGACGAAUAAUGAUGCACCGCCGCCAUUACCUCCAAGACAAUUAAAAUAUGUCACCAUGGCCAAUCUAGGAGGAAAUAACAAAUUAUACAUUUCCGGACCAGUACCUAUAUGAUAUAUAUAUAUAUAUACGUAUAUAAUAUAGUAUGCUACUUAUGUAUAUAGAUAAAAAAUAAAUAUACCUUACCUAUGUAAUAAAUAAGUCCAUAAAUCAUGAGAAUGAGAAACAUUUUGCGGGCGCCGCCGUUUGGCGGUAUCUUGGUGAUAAAUCCAAACAAUGUGGCUGAACAUAUUUUGAACACACCUCAUUUGGAUACCGGACCGCACUUUGCAUACCUCCUGUGCAGCUCAAGCAAACCUCGGGUGAGAGUCACCGUUGGACUUUGUUCGAAGAUAUAGUAUUAUUGGUUACCGCAUAUUAGGUAUAUGAGACGCGUGAAUGUCACAAUACUAAACGGCGUUUAAAAACACACAACUUUUCGAGCACAAACAAAACAUUGUUAUAGUUAAUAAUUAUUGAGUACACCCACACACAUUAUUAUUAGCGUUAAGAGUCUACUUGUGUUGAGUAAUAUAUAUUGUUCCGCCAUUUGUUCCAUGAUAACUUGUAAGGAGAAAAACUAGUUGCAUUCCAGUCCCCAGAUAACACAUUUUCUUCGACAUUAGGACAUCAUUUUACCCCUUUUGACUCUUAAUAUAGUUGAUAUUUUCUCCUGCUUAGGACAUUUCCUCACCAGAAAAUAUAUUGAAGUAUUUGCAAGGACCUACCUACCUAAUGUCGAGAAUUCGAGAUAUCGCAAAAUGUCAAUUAAAUAAUAUGUACUAAGUUUACAUUAAGUCAUUAUAUAGGUAUUUUUUAUGACAUUGAACAAAUUAUAUUCUUAUUCAAUUAUUUUUAACACCGAACGUAAGUUUAUACUUAAGAGAUCACUCUCAAAAUACAUGUUGAACGGAACUAGUCUAUAUACCUACCUUUUUUGUGGAUAAGACUUACCAAAAUAAUAUGCUGAAAGCAACUUAUCCACAAAAGUAUAGGUAUGGAAUGCAAGUCAUUGAAAUGCUAAUCGCUCAGAUCCUUGUACUUAAUAAUGUAUUUAAUAUUUAUACACACACCGUACACAGUAAAUGUGUAGUAAAUAAAGUAAAUAUAUUAUACUACCCAUCAUAGGUGCCGCCAGGAAUUUUAUUAGGGGGGGUGCAUCGUGCAACUAUAAACUGAUUACCUACUAAAUAAUGCUUGUAUACGUAAUAAUAAUAAUGAUAACAAUAAUAAUAAUAGUUAAAUAAGUAAAAAUUUUUUUUCAAAUUGUAUAACGAUACAGUUAUUUUAGUUUUUUUUCAACGGCUACAAUGUAACGCGGGCUAGUGGCUACGAUUAGAAAAAAACCUAGGCGUUUACCUUUAUAAUUUAAAAAAUAAGUAUUAUAAUUUAUAAUACAUAAUAUAAAUUAUAUUUGUAGACAAUUAUGUAAAAUAUGUAUAAUAAUAAAUAAUAGAAAUAAUGUAGAUAAUUAGGCAAAAUAAAACAGUUUCAAUACCAUUCAAUUUUUUUAAAUUUAAUUAAAUAUUUUUUUUUGAAAAGCCAGGGGAGUGCAAGUACACCCCCAUCACGGUGCCCAUGCUACCCAUUAUAAUAUAAUGACGUAAUAUUUGUUUAUUAAUUAUGAUAUGUGUAUAGUAAUUAAAAAAUUUUGAGUACCUAUUAAGAAAUA